CAGAAGAUGAAACAUAACAUAUCACAAAUGUCAAAAAAUAAAAAAGUAGGGCUAAACAUUCUCAAGUUUCUUAAAUAUUACAAAAAUAAACUGAUUAGGUAGAGUGACCAUGUGCAUUUUACUUAUAGAACGGUUCCAUAUGGAGAUAUUGAUUAUUCGAAUAAGAACUACGUACAGAUAAGGACAUUGUUUUAAUCGAAGAACUUGAAUUAUCGAGAUGGCUUCUAGACGAAGUAGAAUUAAAGGAAUUGCUAAUAUUCCUCAACGACGGAAAGCUACAAAUGAAGAAAAUAAGUUAAAUUUGACAGAAAGUGAGGCAGGUGAAAAUGAAAAACCAUCCGAAAAUAAAGAUGCGCCCCUCGACAACAGUAAUACUGGCAAUUCAAUUAGUAAUGAUGCAAUCGAAAUUAAUCUUCCGAAACCUGAAGCACUGACGCAAAUCGUUAAAGAAACGUUUAAUAAUGGAGUAACGAAUAUCAAAAAUGAAGCGCAACAGAAUUCAAAGGACUGUGAUAAAAACCUAACCCCAGCAACGGAACCUCCCAAACCAGCAACUGAACCUCCCAAACCAGCAACUGAACCCCCGAAACCAACAAAUAUACUCAAAAGAAAGUUUAUUAAAGCUCCAGUGUCCUUAAACGCAAUUAAAAACCGAAAGAAACCUUACCAAGAAAGUUUAGAGAAAGGAGUAGAUACCCAAGUAAAUGAAACUGUAGAAACAAAUAAGAAUAAGGUAUUAGGCAACUUUGAACAAAGUUCUAAUAAUGAUUUGGCUUGUACAGUAAAUAAAGAGUUUAUUAAAAAUGAAGAAGUAUCAGCAGCUCAUGAUAUACAGAAUCAGUUACCCAAAGAAGACAAUAUUGGAAAUUUGUUUCAAAAACCUGUACCUUUAUUUAGCAAUAUUCAGCAUUCUGAUACGGAAUACCCUCUACCUCCGCCAAGUCCUAAUAAGGCAAAUAGGUCUAGGAUAAAAGCCAUACCUAGAUUAGCACAACGUAAACACAGCUUUAGUGCCAGUGAAUCUGAGGAUGAAAGUCGAAAAAUAAAUAGGAUAAGAAAUGACUCAGUUUGCUCAACAACUUCUAUGGUGGCAGAACCCAUCACGGAAUGUUUUUCUCCUCAGCGAACUAGAGAUCCAGUGUUCACUACCCAAGUCAAAAAAGUUGUCGCCCGUUCUGAACAAACCCGUAAACUUGCCGAAGAUCGUAUCGAUUUUUACAGAAGAUUUGGUGCAAAAAAACCUGAGAGGCAUAGACUGAAAAUGGCAGAUCUUAUAUUUUAUAAUCCUGAGUCGAAUCCUAUGACGAAUGAAGAAAAUAUAAAAAAUAAUGAAGAGCCAAUGGAGGAGAUGGUAGACGAUCCUAAUGGCGAAGCUGUUGAUGAUCCCAUAAAGAAGGAUAUCACUAAAAGUGAUGAAGAAAAUGAGAUGCCAGUACCGCAGAUUAAAAUAGGCCCUUCUGGAGAAAUUAUAUUGGACGAACAAAGUUUGGUCGUCGAAAGAAAGGAAGUACAACGGCAAAGGGAGGAGAUGGAAAAAACCAAAAUCCUUGAUGCGGACCGAAUGAAAACUGGAUAUGGUAUCUAUAAAAAACAUAAACGCACAAAAGCGUGGAGUCACGAGGAAACAAUAAUGUUCUACACAGUUCUAAACACUGUAGGAACAGAUUUUAUGGCAGUAACGGAAUUUUUUCCGAACAGAAGUCGGCGAGAUGUUAAAGCUAAGUUCAAGAAGGAGGAGAAAAUCAACAGACAUUUGAUAGAUAAAGCUUUGGGAGAACCGUACAGAUUUGAUAUUGAUGACUUGAAACACGAUAUUGAUGCGAAAAUACGAGAACAGGAAGAAUUAAGAAGGCAAAAAGCGAUGGAGGCCAAGCUUAAGGAAGAUAGGCAAAAAGAACUACUCGAAAUAAAGAAAAGAGAAAUUGAAAGGAGAAAACUGAUGAUCCCAAAACCGUCGAAUAAUAAAAACCAUGCAGAUGAUGCAAUAAACGUAAAAGAGGAGAUAAAACCAAUUGCAAAAGAAACCAAAGAAAUCGAGAAAACAGCAAUUCGGAAAAAAGAAAUACCCCAAGGCACCGAAGGGCCAAAAGUUACACUUAAAAAAGAAAUCCAUCACAAACCAAAACCAAAGAAGCCCAGGAAAGAGAAGCAGCUUAGUAUGAAAAUGUUCAUGUCAGACAGUGAUGCCGAUGAAUCAGAUUUAGCAACCCAAAGUGAAUCAGACGAUGAUGUCAUACUAUCUCACAAACCUACCAGAUCUGGCAGAGUACCAAAAUUAACGCAGAGGUACGAAGAUGAAGUUAGCCUUAAUUCUCUAAUAAAAGAAAAGGAAAAUAGUAGGAUACCCAAGCGUGCUGAACUCAAAAACGUGGAACCAGGCUCAGUGAUGAUUAUAACUGAAGAUGGUCCUAACGGUGAACCGAUCUACAAGAUAUUCAUGGUAACCCCUGAACAACAAGCCACUCCAUUGAAUAUUCCAUCGGAUGAUGUUGCCAAAGUUAUUCAACUGAGGAAAGGCUUUACUGCUCAUAACAUCAUGACAAUAUCUGCUAAUGCCACUACGGAUGAGGAAGAUGAAAACUCUGUUGAAAAUAACUUUACCAUACCUGAAGAUGAAAAUGUUACUACUCUUAAAAGUUGUGACGAGAAUAGUGUAGAUAUGGUUUCGGAACAAAAUGUAACUAUACCUGCAGAUGCCAGUGUGACGACUCUCAGGAGUAGAGUAGACAAUGAUACUGUUGAAAAUGUGAUUCCGGAACAGAAUGUAACUAUAGCUGCAGAUGCCAGUGUGACGACUCUCAAGAGUAGAGUAGACAAUGAUACUGUUGAAAAUGUGAUUCUGGAACAAAAUGUAACUAUACCUGAAGAUGCCAGUGUUACCAAUCUUAGGAGUAGAGUGGACAGUGAUACUGUCGAAAAUGAUUUAACAUAUGAUAUCUCCAGUCCUCAAGGGCCAUUGCAUGAUGAUGACCUUCAAGCAAACGUAGGAAAUGGAGAUAUAAAUGCAUAUUCCGAAAAUAUCAAAAUUAUAGCAACUGAGCCAAUAAUUUUAGAUAAUCCAACGGCAUCUACAGUAUCUGACUCUGUUUGCUUUAUCGGAGACGAAAAAAGUGAAAACUUAAAUGAGAGUAAUAUCCAAAUAUCUGUAGCUAACACUGAGGAACGUACAGAAAAGUUUAAAGUUUUAGCAACAGAGUCGUCCGUAUUGGAUGAUUCAGGCAUCCAAGAAAACUUUAUCGUUCUAGAUACACAGCAAAGUGACUUGCCGAUAAAUACCGAAAUAGUUUUUAGAGUAAAUAAUGAUGGCAUGUGCUCAAAAGAACUUAAUGAAGAUGAUGAGCAGCCUCUUCACCAAGCUCCUUUAAACAAUGUCGAAAUGUCCGUUGAUAGUUAGUUAGAAAAGGUUGUAAAUUUCUAAUAGCGUUGUAAAUUUCCUUAAUUAUUCUACGUGCGUAUUUAUUUUUACUAAGACUUUUUAUAUAAUGAUAUGUAUACAAAAGACAGAAACAUAAAUUUAUUACCAAUUGUGA